CAUAGUGCGCGCGACGGCCGAACGAAACUCUUAAACCACCGGGAAAGGGCAUCAUAUCCUACGGACGUUUGGACAACCACCAAUAGCUUACGUUUUAACCAAAUGAUUUUGGUGGAGUACUUGAAAUGAGAAAUAACAGCGAGGUUACAUAUCACGGGGCAUGGGGUGCCCCUCCCAUCCCCAAGAAGCCCCCACCAUGGGAAGAGGCCAGCAAAACCCCGGUCAAACCACAACGCAAUCUUGGCGAGAUCCUGCGAGAGUUCGGCGAGAACACCACGGCGCACGGCGUGCCCAUGAUCGCCCGCUCCAAACGCGCUGUGACCAAGAUCUUCUGGCUGGCCGUGUUCCUGACCAUGUUAGUCAUCUUCUGCUGGCAGGGCACUUCGGUGCUGGUCGAGUACUUGGGCUUUCCCUCCACCACCAAGGUCAAAUUGGUCACCAACCCGGAGCUGACCUUCCCCUCGGUGACCAUCUGCAACAUGAACCGCUUCCGGAGGUCCAAGAUCGCAGGCACGCGCUUCGACGGGUUGAUUCGCCUGGACGGCGGGUUGACCGAUGACGGGGGCAACAACGACUACUCCUGGUGGUUCGACUGGGACUCCGUGUGGUACAACGAGUACAUGGGUGCCUAUAUGGGAACCAGUAACACCGCACAAACAUCGAGCGUUGGUACAAACGGAGUUUCGGUGCCAACUGAGGGCAGCGGUCUAUCUGGCGAUGAGACGUCUGACCAGCUUGGGGUGGGCACAUUAACCAUGCCAGACACCGAGACAGAGGCUGAGUCAUCGGUGGUCGCAAUCACGGAUCUCCCUGCCUCGUCACCUACUGGACGGACAACCAUAUCUGCUUCAAACGGGAUCACCAAUGUCUCGACAUCAACACAGUCUGGGUCCUCUGAACAGGUUAUCCUGACUAACGACAAUGGAAGCGAAGGUGAAGAUAUCACAGAGGCAGGGACAGGUGCUGGUUUUGAUGGAUCAGCAUCAGACACAAGCCUUGAUUAUUCUCCAACCCUCGACUUCAACCAACCGAGCGUUGGAGAAGGUAUCACUGUCACAACCGUUUCUUCAGCACCUACAGCUACUUUCGCAGUAAAUGACGUCACUACAAUGCCUGUAAUGACAUCUGAUUUACGCGAUGAAACUACAACAGAUGAAACAAUUGCCUUUGAAACAACACCAGCAAAAGCCACUCAGUCUACAGCUUCUACAGAUGGAGCCAAUGUCAACAGCCCUAUAAUCCUAACCCCAGUUACAUCUACUACGUCUAAUUCUGGCACAACGCAAACGCCUACCAUGGCGUCUUCAGGCGUUGAGAAUGGAAUCACUGCUGUAGGCCUAUCUACCAAUCCCAGCCCAAGUUCUGACGCACCGUUCGGCACUUCGACAUCCAGCCAGGCCAUCAACAGCGAGUCGCCACCAGCAACAACGACAACAAUCGAUACAGGUACAGAAUCCGGUACCCCACAACAGCUGCCUGGCAACACCGCCCCUACAAGUCAUCAACCGCCAGAAACAACAGGGUUCUCGGGGCGUAAGAAACGCUCGCUUCGGCAAAUCCGCGACGCCGGCAUCGAGACCACCAGCGCAUCCGCGGGGAACAACAUCAUGGAGGUCAUCGGAGAGUUCGGCUCCUGGGUUAAUCAGGAGUGGAACGACGGCGGCAGUAACAGCGCCGACUUCGACUUCCAGUACGAACAAUACUUCGACUGGGGCGACUUGGAGGACGAGAACGACUGGGCAUCGUUCUAUGAGCGCUCCACGUCUCCCGAUUACAGUGAUUUCAUCGACAUCGUCAACCCCACGCGGGAAGAGCUCAAGACGCUUGGCCAUCAGGCUAAGGAUAUGAUCCUCCAGUGUACCUUCGACAAGAAGCUCUGCAGCUACAGAGAUUUCUACCAGUUUCAGAACAAAGAGUACGGCAACUGUUUCACCUUCAACCACGGGCAAAACCUGACGGCGGUAGAUGUCACCAAGAAUGCCGGAGCACAAUACGGGCUUCAUCUGACGCUGUUCCUUGAGAUGCCGGAGUACGUUGGCAUCCUGUCGCCCGAGGCGGGAGUCAGGGUGGCCAUCCACUCCCACACUACCCCGCCAUUCCCUGAAGAUGACGGUAUAACCGCCUCGCCCGGCAUGGCCACCAAUAUCGGCCUCCGACAGGUGUAUGUUGAGCGGCUGGGCCGACCCCACAAUACUGAAGACUGCCGGCCAUUUACAUCCAACACCUACUCACGGAAGGCUUGCUAUAAAGAGUGCGUGCAGGAAGAGAUGUACAAACGAUGCCACUGCGUGUCUGACAUCCUGCUGGAGAACAAGACUAAGUGUAGCUACAUCAAAGCCACUCAACAAAAAUGCCAGCAGUUGGUCAAGUACCUAGGCGAGCAGAAGAAACUCAACUGCGAGUGUCCCAUCGCUUGCAAUGAGACAACCUACACCAAAGCAGUGUCAUCGACACACUGGCCCUCCGAACGCUACGAGGAGCAUCUCCAGAGACGCUUACAAGAAGACCCGGACAGUGCCUUUGCCGCACGAAUGGCGUCUAGCGAGGAGAGCACGAACAAAAACCUUGUUCGAGUCCGUGUGUACUUCGAAGAACUAAACUACCAGUCUAUAUUGGAAAGGCCUCUGUAUACAUUCCCCAACCUCCUGGGCAAUGUGGGCGGGCUGCUAGGCCUGUACAUCGGCGUGUCCUUCCUGACGCUUGCUGAAGUCGUUGCCUUGAUCUUUCACAUCUUCAAAUAUCUCGGCCGGAAACUUUUCGUCAAAGAGAAGGUGUCGCCAACGCCUGCAGUAGCGUGACGGAACCCACAGAUUAAUUAGAACAACAACUGAAUGGACCAUUUUACUCUUGUAACUUACAACCAGUACCUCAUGGCUUAACCUUACCAGAUAUACCAGAUCGAUCAUUGUUAAAAUGUACCUUUUAUAUUCGGUCAUAGCGCCCUCCCGAGUCUUCUUACGUGUAUAUAAGCCAAAUCAGUAUUCCAACUGCGCAGGUGCGUACAAGAUUCAACGGCAGAAAAUGCACGCAAGUCAUUGGGGACCGAAUCUGCAUUCUGCAAUUUUUCAGACAAAAAAGACACUGGAUAUAUGGAAACUUUCGUUUGAACAAAAGUUGGGGCAUACAGACAUACACUUCCCUGUCACUUUCUAUUUUAAAUGUUGUGCUUUCCUCAGAACUAGACAAUUUCUUUGAUGUUGCUGGUGUACAUGUAUGAUUUUGCACGCAUACGGCAAGUUGUUUACUACGAAAGGAAAAUUGCCAAAUCUUGAUAUGCACAUGCGCAGUUUGGAAUACCGAAAGAGCUUAUUGGGAGACAUCGAAAUUACAACACUACAUCAGCGGCGUAGCUACGAGGGGGCCCUAACAAAAUUACCCCCCCCCCCUCCCGCCAUCCCCCGGCCCCCUACGGAAAUUUGGCAAUCGGAGAAAAGCACAGUAUGUCUUGCCAUGAUUAGCGGGUUUAACGUA